UAACAUUUUGCCAAUUGGACAACAGUCGUGUGUUAGCGCCGCCAACGUUGGUGCAAACAACAGUUAUUAUCGAGUAGCUGUAAACGGAGUAGUUGGAAACGGAAGUGCGCGUUUUUUUUGUUGCUUGUGUGUGUGAACGUGCGCGUGUUUAAGUGCCGUUAAAUUUGCAAUUCUCAACAAUAAGGAUUCACGCAUCCUUUUUUAAACCAAAGAGAGAAUAUAAAAAAUCAGUGUCAUUAUGCAGGCGAAUGCGCGUUUAUUACUACGCAGUUUUGCCGCGCUGCUGUGCUUGGUGGCGCAUGCGCAGGCCACAUAUAAACUGCAGGAGCGCUACAGUUGGACUGAAUUGGAUUUUGCCUUUCCCAGUCCUGGUUUGAAGCAACAGGCGCUCGCCAGUGGCGAUUAUGUACCACAGAACGCGUUGCCUGUCGGCAUGGAACAUUGGGGCAAUCGGCUGUUUGUGACCGUGCCACGUUGGCGUGAUGGUAUACCCGCUACAUUGACUUAUAUCAAUAUGGAUCAUAGUGUGACGGGCUCGCCGGAGCUGAUACCAUACCCCGACUGGCGCAGCAACACAGCUGGGGAUUGUGCGAACAGCAUCACAACGGCGUACCGCAUCAAAGCGGAUGAGUGUGGACGCCUUUGGGUGCUUGACACAGGCACUGUGGGUAUCGGUAACACCACCACCAAUCCCUGUCCAUAUGCCGUGAAUGUCUUCGAUCUGCAAACGAACACGCGCAUACGCCGCUACGAACUGCGUAAGGAUGACACGAAUGCGAAUACUUUUAUUGCCAACAUUGCCGUGGAUAUUGGCAAAUCUUGCGAUGACGCGUACGCUUACUUUUCCGACGAACUUGGCUAUGGUUUGGUGGUGUACUCGUGGGAGCAGAAUAAAUCAUGGCGCUUCUCUGCACACUCAUACUUCUUCCCCGAUCCGCUGCGUGGUGACUACAACAUUGCCGGCUUGAACUUCCAAUGGGGUGAGGAGGGUAUCUUCGGCAUGUCAUUGUCACCCAUACGUUCGGAUGGUUAUCGUACUAUGUUCUUCAGUCCCUUGGCUAGUCAUCGCCAGUUUGCGGUGUCGACGCGUAUUUUGCGCGAUGAGAGUCGCGUUGAGGAUAGCUUCCACGAUUUUGUGGUGAUGGAUGAACGUGGUCCCAAUUCACAUACGACUUCACAUGUUAUGAGCGAUGAUGGUAUUGAGUUAUUCAAUUUGAUCGAUCAGAAUGCGAUCGGCUGUUGGCACUCAUCCAUGCCGUAUCAGCCACAGCAUCAUGGUGUCGUGGAUCGUGAUGAUGUUGGACUCGUGUUUCCGGCCGAUGUGAAGAUCGAUGAGAACAAGAAUGUUUGGGUGCUAUCCGAUCGUAUGCCUGUCUUUUUGAUCUCCGAUCUGGAUUACAACGAUGUGAACUUCCGUAUCUACACCGCACCAUUGAGUGCCUUGAUUGAAAAUACAGUUUGCGAUAUCCGAAAUAACGCUUAUGGUCCAUCGAACGCGGUGGGCAGCACCAGCUUCUAUGCUACUCCUACGAGUUCGAAUAACGUUUUUGGCACACAAUUAGGUUUCGUUGGUAAUAAAGUUUAUGGUCCACCAAAUCCAGUGAGUCUGCCAAAACCACAAACACGUUUCACCAAACAAUAUCUGGCGCCACUACCCUCCAAGCCUGUGCUUCAAGCCGAUUUGCCACGUGUGGCCCCACCCAGCCGCAAUUAUUUGCCACCACUGAUGGGCACCGGCUAUAGUACAACGCAACGCUCCGAGGCAGCCAAGGCAUACGUCUUCAACAAUGGUCUAUCCUAUGAGACUGGUAUUGGUGGUCCACAUCUAUUCCCACUUCAUUCGGAGGGUUUGCGGAACUAUGUUACAACACGCAACUCUGGUUGGUGGGUGCAUCAUUGAGCUAUGGAUGCUUCACAGUCUUCGCGUUUUCACUUGUCACCUCUAUGUAAGCCAAUUUUAACCACGGACCAGUCGUCUUCUCAGUUAAAUAAGUUCAUUUAGUAUAAUUUGUGUGACUUUGUUGUUUCUUCGCGUACCUAAGUAACCUGAGGCAAAGCUACACUUUCGUAAUAAAGUCUAGUAAUUGCUUCCUAAUUGAUUUUAGCCAGUUAUAAUGUUGUAAAUAAAUAAAUAUUCAUUGUUUUUUUUUUUGUUUUCCCAUCCAUAUAAAUGUACAUACAAAUGUCUUAUGGUAAUUUGUAGCGAUAAAGAGUCAAUGUUUUAACAAUUAAGUUGAUCGUUUUGCAAAAUGGUUCCCAAAUAAAACUUGUCAUAAAA